AGUGCUGGAAUAACUAUUCAACGGAACAGUAAAGUUUUUAUAGACAAUGACCGGCAGUGAGAACUUUACAGCGCCAGGAGCGACCCAGGAAGAACAAGCUCAUAACAAUCUGAUGAUGGUGGUGGCCACCUUGACUUGGGUGAUGCUCAGCUGCUUAACGCUCCUCAUUUACUGCUGCAAUUACUGGCAAAUCUUGAGGCCCCAUUCCAGGCGAAACCCAGAGGCAUCCGAGGCGCAGCAGAGCACGCUGCUAUCGGUGGAAGAUUAGCCGGGAAAUGCAAGGAAACUCAUAUCAGAGAACGAAGGAUAUAGGGACAGAACAACAGGACAACAACACAACUGUCGGCCAUCAUUCUUGGUCCUUGACACUGGCCAUAUGCCUCUGUGCAGCAGCUUUCAUUUCCAUUUUCCAUUUCCGUUUCCGCUAAGUUAAUUCCACACGACAACAGAGAAAC